CGUUCCCCAAAUAAAUUCACUUCAACAGGUAAGUUUAACUCAAAAGUAUCAUUUCCUGCUGUGAAAGCAAAUCAGCAAGACGUCUGUAAGACAAGGUAGAAGUGUACUGAAGAUCUUAACUUAAGCAAUCCAUACAACUCUAAAAAAUGUCUCUGGAUGAAAAAUUCAACAAAGCUGCCGAGGCCAUCAGGACCAUGACUACCGCUCCCUCAGAUGAUGAAAUGAAGGAGAUUUACGCCCUGUACAAGCAGUCCACUGUUGGUGAUGUCAAUACCGCUCGCCCGGGAAUGCUGGACCUGAAAGGAAAAGCUAAAUGGGAUUCUUGGGAGGCCAAGAAAGGCAUGUCCCUCGAUGCUGCCAAGGAAGCCUACGUGUCAAAGACGGAAGAGUUGGUGACCAAGUACAGCGCAUCCAGCGCUUAAAUAUUUGAUCGUCUCUGCUCUAUCGUUGAUUGCUUUAGACGUUUACGGGUUGUUGUUUUUGUCAAGUAUUGUAUUUUCAAUGCUCAAGUUAAUUUGUUACAUCAUCAGUACACCUUACGGACUGAG